AUGGCUCCCCUCUCGUGGAAGCAGGCACUCUUGGGUGUUCUCCUUCUCGAGCCCCUCGCCCACGGCCUCGUGGUGCCUCCCAACAGGCCUGACAUCAUUGACGCCGAUGACCAUCCCUCCAUCAAAUGGAAGCGCAAUGAUCCCGCCCUUCACGUCCCGGACGCAAGCGUGGUCGUCCGCGAUCGCUGCGGCCGUCCCGACGAUGACGACGGACCAGACAGAGGCCGUGGAGGAAGGCCUCCGAGACCUCCGGGUCUCAUGGCCCGGGACCGUUGCGAUGACCCCCCCAGACCCCCUGAUGGCGGCCGCCCUCCCCGACCUCCCGAUGGUGAUAGGCCACCCAGACCUCCCAACGGAGAUCGGCCUCCACGACCUCCUGGAGGUGACCGGGGUCCGGAUGGUGGACGGCCACCGAGGCCUCCCGACAAGAGGAACGGUAUUGACGGGCCUCGUCCACAACAGACGCCGCCUCCGCAGCCCACGCCGCCGGCGCCACCUCCUCCUCCUCCUCCUCCUCCUCCUCCCCCGCCUCCAGGUCCGCCUCCACCGCCUCCACCUCCGCCUCCGGGCCCUCCUCCACCACCUCCACCGCCGCCUCCCGUUCCGCCUCCCGUUCCACCACCAGGCCCGCCUCCCGGCCCGCCGCCUCCCCCUCCGGCCAAGAACGACCACCUUGUCCGCCUCAACACCUCCAGGGCCAACUUCGACGUCUCAAGCCUCUCCGCCAAUUUCAACGCCGUCGACACUAUCAACUUUACCAGUCGCCGCCGAGCCCUCUUCUACGCCUCAAGCCCCUCCUCCCUCAAGCGCACCGACUAUCGUAGUCCCGACAAGUGCUCCGGAGACGAGCAAUAUCUUAUCGCUUUCCCAGCAGAGUACAAUCGCGGCGGCUCCCACCUCAUCUCGGACAGCAGCCCCAGCCACUAG